CUAUGCCAAUUUUGUCAUGGUGCUCCGGGUCUCGCACUUCUCCUCCAAGUAUUGAAGCAGCGCAUGCCGUCUGCAUUUAAGGGAGAGAUGGGCCGUUGGAGGAACAAGAGGCUCGAACUUGCCCUGGAGUGCAUAUGGCGCGAAGGGCUGGUGAAGAAGGGGCUUGGGUUGUGUCAUGGGGUAACGGGGAAUACGGUGCCCUUCUUGAUACAAGCGGUGUCGGAGCUCAGAGAAGGUGCAGAAUCUAGGUGGGCUAUUAUAUGCUGCAGCUCUUUAUAUGCUAACAGAUGUCAACAGUGAAAACCUGAAUAAAGCCCUGACCUUCCUCGCGCUAUCCACGACCCUCCCUCCUGUACCCCCUUCCACGUCUCUGAUUCCCGAUCUACCACAGGCAUCUCUCUUUCACACCCC